AUCGAUCUCAUUCUCACCUGCCUCUUGUCUGAUCGCGCCUUCGAUUCGGUGGGUAUUUUUCUUCUUAAUUUAACGUUCAUCCCUUGACUGCUUGCUCCGCGCUGACGCUCUAUAACCAGUUUCCACUUGUAUUCGCGUCCAUCCGGCGUUAUUUCCCCGGAUCAAUAUGGCCCCUAUGAUUCCUCUGACCCCUCACAAGGAUGACCUGGAAGAAACAUGGGCGUUUCUCGAGAAUGGUAUCAACAAUGUUAUGGUAAAGCUGGAGGAGGGUGUGGAUAUGAAAACCUACAUGGCCCUCUACACAGCGGUUCACAAUUUUUGCACCUCACACAAAGCAGUCAGCGGUCAAGCUAUACAAUCACAGCGUGGCGGUUCGUCCUCAAACAAUUUGGUCCCAACCUCCGAGCUCAGACAACUGACCGUCGCAGCGCAUUUGCUCGGAGAGGAGCUCUAUAGAAAACUCGGAGAAUAUUUGACGGGCCACCUUGACCAUGUUUACAACGAAUCGACAGGCCAUGCGGACGAGGCCUUGCUCGCAUUCUAUAUCCGUGAAUGGGAGCGAUAUACCAACGCUGCCAAAUAUAUCAACCACCUUUUCAGAUACCUCAACCGUCACUGGGUGAAGCGAGAAAUUGACGAAGGGAAGAAAAAUGUCUACGAUGUAUACACACAGCACCUAGUCAAGUGGAAGGAGGACUUUUUCGUCAAGGUACACGACAAGGUCAUGGGCGCGGUUCUCAAGCUUGUCGAAAAGCAACGGAAUGGUGAAACUAUCGAACAGUCGCAAAUUAAGAGUAUUGUCGAUUCAUUUGUUUCCCUGGGACUUGAUGAAACCGACCCCACGAAGUCCACACUGGAAAUUUACCGCUUCUAUUUCCAGAAGCCUUUCCUUGCAGCAACCAGAGUCUACUACGAAGAUGAAUCCCGCCAGUUCGUUGCGGAGAACAGCGUUGUUGAGUAUAUGAAAAAGGCAGAAGUCCGUCUCGAUGAAGAGAAAGCACGUGUCGGGCUCUAUUUGCACAAUGAUAUUGCUAGAGAAUUAACCGAAACCUGCUUGGAUGUGCUUGUUACUGCACACUCUGAGCUUCUGCGCGAUGAGUUCCAACCACUACUCGACAAUGAACGCCAAGAAGACCUUGCCCGAAUGUAUCGGCUUUUGUCGCGUAUCAAAGAUGGGCUGGACCCUCUCCGGACGAAGUUCGAGGCGCACGUGAGAAAAGCUGGUCUAUCUGCAGUUGAGAAGGUAGCUGCUGAAGGUGAAUCCUUCGAGCCCAAGAUGUACGUCGAUGCAUUGUUAUCGGUGCACACCAGAUACGACAGUCUCGUAAAGGAAGCUUUCAAUGGCGAGUCCGAGUUUGUUCGCUCUCUCGACAAUGCUUGCCGCGAAUUCGUGAAUCGUAACAAGAUCUGUAAGUCUGGUUCUACAAAAACACCAGAGUUACUGGCGCGGUACACGGAUUCUCUAUUGAAGAAGGGGUCAAAGGCUGCGGAGGAGUCAGAGUUGGAAGAGAUGUUGGUCCAGAUCAUGACCGUUUUCAAGUAUAUUGAAGACAAGGACGUCUUCCAGAAAUUCUACUCUAAGAUGCUUGCUAAGCGGCUGGUCCACGUGAGCUCAGUAUCUGACGAUGCUGAGACAAGCAUGAUUAGCAAACUUAAGGAGGCUUGUGGUUUUGAAUACACCAACAAGUUGCAGCGAAUGUUCCAGGACAUCCAGAUCUCUAAGGAUCUGAACUCCAGCUACAAAGAUUGGCUUGAUAAAUCUUUCUUAGACGACGAUGACCGGAAGAAACUUGUGGACUCACAUUUCCAGAUUCUCGGAACUGGAUUCUGGCCCCUUAACGCGCCAUCGACUGAUUUCCUUGCGCCUCCUGAAAUUGUCAAGACUUCGGAGCGGUUCCAGAAGUUCUAUUUCGAUAAGCAUAACGGUCGAAAGCUGACCUGGCUCUGGCAGUUGUGCAAGGGCGAAAUCAAGGCUAAUUAUAUCAAGAACACCAAGGUUCCAUACACAUUCCAAGUAUCGACUUUCCAAAUGGGUAUUCUUCUGCUCUUCAACGAGAGCGACUCCCUGACAUACGAAGAUAUCCAAAAGGCCACUUCUCUCACACCCGAAAUGCUUGAUCCGAAUCUCAGUAUCUUCUUGAAGGCUAAGGUUCUCACCAUCGGCCCAGAGGGAUCUAAGCCUGGCCCAGGCACGACCUUCACCCUCAAUUACAACUUCAAGAACAAGAAGAUCAAGGUCAAUCUCAACAUUCAAAUCAAGUCCGAGCAGAAAGUCGAGACGGACGACACGCACAAGACGAUUGAGGAAGACCGCAAGCUUCUGCUUCAGUCCGCCAUCGUCAGAAUCAUGAAGUCCCGGAAGAAGAUGAAGCAUGUGCAACUUGUGCAAGAAGUGAUCCAUCAAGUCAAGUCACGUUUCCCACCACAAGUACCCGACAUCAAGAAGAACAUCGAAGCCCUGAUGGAGAAGGAUUACAUCGAGCGUCUGGACGGCGAUGAAAUUUCUUACAUUGCAUGAUUGCCUAAUACAAUCAAAUCACCAUAUUCAUUGUUAUUCCAUUACUGCCUUUUAUUUUUUAUUUUUUUUUCCUCCCCCAUCCCAGGCGUUUUUAUUGCAAGAACACGGAAUUCAUCCAGCCAGCGCUAUCUCACUAUCCCUUUUUCACGUUUCGUCUCCUUCGGUUCCUACCGCCGGCCCAUAAGCUGGCCGCGACUUGAGUCUGCACCGUUUUCUAUCUAGACAGAGAAUGUGCCCACGCCGUAAUGUUUUUAGAUAAAAUAGGUCGUAGUCUAAUUGAUGAAGUACGCUUAACUAUAUUUCUUUUUCGCCUUUGGUAGCCUGAAUCAGCAACAUAUCCAUUUCAUUGCCCAGUUUUUGCAUGUUUAUCAUGUACGCAGUAUGUCAGUAGGUCCAUGUCCUCAGUAUAGGUCGUUUCCAGGAAAUCAAUUAAUCGAAAAACCAAACCACCAACCACCAGCC